AUAAUAAACGCACGUUUGCGAUUCAAAAAAUUUCCCAAAAUAAAGAAGCAAAUAGCACAAGAUUCGAUGUAUAGCAGUAGCAGCAUGCGGCAGAGAAAUAAACAAACAAAACUGACGGAAGACUUCAGAUGCUCUCGUCCACUCAUUUGCUUCGGUGAAGCUUCAUGAAGCUGGCAGACGCCCCCUACAGCUCUGCUAUAGUUGGACAAUGCGAGAUGUUUCGAGGGGCAGUUUCGUCAUUUGUUUUUCCUCUUGGUUACCGUGCCAAUUCCUAGAAUGUUAAUUUAUUUUGGGAUGGAGGGAGUAUGUGGGUUGGUACUACCCUAACAACUUGAUUUCAAUACAUUCAUUACUCAAUAAAGAGAGAAGUGGUCCUGCAAAGGUUUUGAAACUUUAUGAAUCGAAUGGAGGGACGUUGCGUACUUGUCUGUGAAUAUGUAUUGUGUUCAGGACUAUCCUGCAAAACAUUAUGUGUGCAGGAAAUCAUUUCCUUGAGUCACAACUGGCACAGAGAGGCUCACCAUAGUCCAUUGUUCCAUUGGCAUCUCAUGCUGUUGCUAAUUAGUGCAUCGUUGUGUUGAGUGGGAGAGAGGGAGACCAUGGGGGAUCCCCUGCCCAUGGUGAGCUCUUCCAUGGGAGCGAUGAACUCCCUCCUUGACAAGCUGACAGCACUGGAGGCUCAGCAUCCCCACCUAGCUGAUGAAGGCCUGCAAGAGAGUCUAAGGAGCCUAAGCAAUAUCUUGUGUAGCUUUGCCAAGCGGAGAAUGAGCGACUCCCUCAUGAACGAGUGGAUGCUGCAAGUCCGGGAGGUGGUCUACGACAUGGAGGACUGGAUUGAUGGCUGCCUCAUCGGCCCUUCGAAGCUGGAUGCAGAAUUUUGGUGCUCCGAUGUGGUGGAACAAAUCGAAGACUUCAAGGCCCAGAUCCAAGAUGCACACGAGCGCUGCACAAGGUACGAUCUUCUCAACUCAGAGGCAGAGCCCAGUAUUUCUGAUCAAGAUGAUGGUGGAACUAGCAAAGUUACAAUCCAUGCUGAACUGCUCUAUGGGGAGGUGCCCUGCCUUGUGGCCAUUGAUGAACAAAGGAAUGUUCUUGUUGAGCACCUGAUGGACGGAGAAUGGAGUCGCAAGGUGGUGUGCGUCGUGGGGAGUGGAGGCAUUGGCAAGACAACUCUUGCCACGGAGAUAUAUCGGCAGCUGCAAGGGAAGUUCAACUGCAGGGCUUUUGUGCAUCUUGGCCGGAACCCGUCUAUAAAGUCGACUCUAAUCAGUAUACUCAAGCAAGUAAUGCCGGAGUGGCACUACCAAAGGGAUUUAUGGAUCGGCUAUAACUAUGACGACGUGGGAGCAUGGGACGAGAAGAAGGUCGUCGAUAAACUAUGGCAAUUCUUAAAACCAAAGAGUUAUUUUGUAGUGCUCGAUGACAUGUGGAGCAUAUGGACUUGGAAGAUGAUAAGUUGUGCUUUGCCCAAUAAUGACAUGGCUGUUGCUAGGAUAUUGAUUACAACUUGCACCAAGGAUGUAGGCGAAUCAUGCUGCAUACAUCCCACUGAUGUUGUUCAUCAAAUGAAUGGUCUUAGCGAGAAUGAUUCCAAAACAUUAUUUGAUAGCAAAGUACCCGAUUCAGAAAAACAUUCACUGGUUGAAGUUUCUGAUGAUGUGCUGAAAAUGUGUGGUGGCAUGCCAUUGGCCACAACUGUUACAGCUGCAUUAUUAUCUAGGAAACCUACAUUAUUGCCACUUGACCAAUAUCAUUCCACACCUCAAGGGGUGAGAAAGAUACUGGAGAUCGGUUAUGAUGACCUACCACUUCCAGUGAAGUCUUGUUUUCUGUACCUGAGUGCUUUUCCAGAAAAAUAUACCAUCAAGAAGGACCGUUUGAUACGGAGAUGGGGAGCUGAAGGAUUUAUUGCUAAAUGGGACGGAGAAAGCUUGUGGGAAGCAGGGGAGAGACACUUCAAUGAACUUCUCAGUAGGAGACUGAUUCAACCUGCAUUUGAUGAUGAUAAUGAUGAGCCGACUGGUUGUACUGUUCAUCAUGUUGUUGUUGAUUUCAUAGAAUCCUUGUCAGCCAAAGAAAACUUUGUUUCUGAAGGUGCAAAGUUGAAGGGUGGACUCUUUCCUUAUGACAGGGUUCGGCGAGUCUGCCUUGACUGCGGUGAGGAAGAUGAAGGUGAUGCCUUGUUCUGCAGCACUUAUUGUUCUUUGGACCAAAGGAGGCAGGGGGCCUCAAACAGUGAAGAAAGCUCAAUUAGUGCCAAAGACGAAGCAAUUUCUUUGCACCUUAGUUGGGUGAGAUCUCUUGCAUUUUUUGGGGAUGUAAGAAGGAUCCCUGAUCUUUUAGUAUUCAAACUUGUACGGGUGCUAGAUCUCACUGAUGCCAAGGGUUUGGAAAAUGAACAACUGGGGAGCAUUGGACGUUUGUCUCUUCUGAGGUACUUGGGACUUGGCGGGACUGAGGUCACAGAGCUGCCUCAACUAAUUAUGGAACUUGACCACCUGUCUACCUUAGACAUAAGGCAAACUGAGGUGAAAAAACUACCAGAAUUCAAAGACACGAAGUUGGUAUCGUUGCUUACGAAUGGUUUGACAAUACCGGGAGGAAUGGGGGAGAUGGAAAAUUUGGAGGAACUAUCAACGAUCCACCUGGGUCGUGAUGGCUCACUUCCUGACAAUGUUGCAGGGCUUGUCAAGAAGUUGAUGCGGCUACGGAUGCUUGAGGUAAAUUUUAGUUUUAUUGCAGAAACGGAGCGACAGGGCAUCAAGCAUUUCCUCGAGGAGGUGGGAAAAUCAAACCUGCAGUUCCUUUUUCUUCAUGACUACCCCCAUCGUCUGCUUGGCUUACUGGGUGAUUGCUGGACCCGCGUAAGGCCAUGUUACCUGCGAAAAUUUGAGCUUAGAAUGGACUGGCUCUUGUGCCCCCCAAUAGUUCCAGGGGAGAUCUCUUUCCUCAUUGACCUCACUCACUUGCAUAUCGGAGUUGCUGUGGUAGAAGCAGAAGGUGUCCGUGCCCUCGGGGCUUUGCCAAAGUUAGCCCUCCUAAAAUUGCAUUCAUUUAACAGCCCAAGAUUCUCCGUGAGUAGCAAGGAUGGCUUUCAGUGCCUCAAGGUAUUCUGGUACUUCUGCGAGCAUGGUGCUUCGAUGGGGUUGCAGCUUGAAGAAGGAGCCAUGCCGCACCUCCGUAGGCUUCUGCUUGAUUUCCAGGUAUCGGACGAGACACAUUUUGUGUCUGGUAUCCAGUAUCUCUCAUGCCUCGUGCAGGUCCGUGCCACCAUCUACUGUGGGAGUACUUCAACAGCGGCUUCGGCCGCGGAGACGCACAUCAGGGACCAAGUAUCCCAGAACCGCAACAAUCCUGUGUUGGAAUUCAAUAGAAAACGUCAGGGCUAUCUGGUACCGCGUCAAGGGCCACCCUCGACUGCAAGGGCAGCGGUGAUUGCGAUCCACAGCCUGCAGGAGUGGAGCAUCAUGAUUGAGGAGGCUAAUAGCGCCAACAAGCUGGUUGUGAUAAAAUUCACCGCAUCGUGGUGCCGGCCAUCCCGCAUCAUAGCUCCCUUUUUCGCUGAUCUCGCCAAGAACUGCCCAGAUGUCAUCUUCCUCAAGGUUGAUAUUGAUGAAAUGAAGGAUAUUGCCGAGCAAUUCCGAGUUAGGGGUGCGCCAUACUUCCUGUUCAUGAAGGGGGGCGACGUUAAGGACAGGGUUCGUGGCGCAAAUAAGGAAGAGCUGGCCGAGAAGCUUCUGCUGCAGAUGACCAGUAGACCAGACAUGUUAUACUAAAGAUGAAUUCCUUCCUCGCUUGUAUGAUCUUCAGCUCUCGCUCGGGCCACUGUUUAAAGUGCCCAGGAUAAUAAUCUCGCAGAACUGCCUUUCUUUUCAUCUCUGCUGUAUUAAUUAUUGUAUCGACUAUAUCUUUUACGUGCCAAAUGUUUACAUGUUUAAUUUGCAUGCUGUUAUUUUAUUGGCGCAUGA